AUGCCACACUCCACAACCUCAAACUCAGAGCUGGAGCCGGAGCCGGAGGCCCCGGUGGAUGAUGAAUUCGAAAAUGUUAUGCGAUCAUUGAACAGUUAUGAUGGUCCACAACUUGAUUUCUUGUCGCGGGAUUUGGAAGUUGGUGAAAAAGCAGACGAUGCGAUCGAUUAUGAAGACUUCGAUGACGACGAGCUUCCCGAAGAAGAAGAAGCACCUUCAACGCGUCCUCCACCCGCCGAUACCGCGCCGAACUCAUUCGCAGACCUCGAUGCCGACGACGACGCAGCUUUGUUUGGAGGCGGGGACGACAUAUUUGGGGAUGGAGAUAAUGGAGCUCAGGCACAAGAAGAUAAUCUUGAUGAUCUCUUUGGGGAGGGUCCUGCUUCUCCUCCGCCAGAGGGCCAGGUAGACCAUAUCCAAGACCUGUUUGAAGAUGAACCCAUAUCAGCCAUCCAGCCAGCUGAGCUCCCGCCCUUUCCGCUAGCACCCGAACCUCAAUCCCAGGCGAUAUCAGUGGUGGAUGAAAAUGAGUUUAUCGAUGAUGCCAGCAUUAUCUCGGAUGAUAUGGACCCUACGACCCUUCGGGCCUGGAAGCUUCAGCAGGCCUUGUUUGCCAUGUCUGGAACUGGACCAGACCACCCGCCAGCACCACCAGAGAACAACGAAGAACUCCUCCACUCUCUGUUCCCUAGCUUCGAUCACAACACCCUACCGCGAUGGUUGGAAUUGAUUCCACACAAAAAGGCGCAUUUCCGAGGCAAACAGCCGGUGAAGCCCCCCAAGCCAGUGCUUCCGACCAAGGUCAACAUCGAGUUAGCCCCCGACCAGGAGCGAGUAUUCCGAACCGGCCAACCAAGCAAACGUGGCCUUGAUCAAGAGUCCCUGGGAAUCGUGUUCAUUACGGAGUCUGCCCAGGAAGAAGAAGAGGAGAACAAGGAAGAUCUUGACAUGGGCGACGGUGAGGCAGAUGAAACCUUGCCUGGUGGUUAUACUAUGCUUGACCUUCGAAUCAUAUGCGCUGAUUGGGACGUACGGGAUGAAUGCCCGCCCUCGGAACCAGAGAAUACGCGCGCUGACCCUGAUGUUGGCGUAUUUGACGAAGAGGAUGACUGGCUCGUCGAUGCAAACCACCCGGCCAAGAAACGCAAAACAGGUCCGACCCCUGUGGAUGUCAUUGCACUAAGUCACCUCGACUUUCCACUGUUGGAAGACCCCGAGCAAGCAACUGAGCGGAUUGCAAAGAAGGUUACUAUUGACAUGAACGACCCCAACAUCCUUGUCGAAGAGCUACAGCCGGAAUCCGUUGCCCACAAACCCAAGCAUACCGUGCCGCGUACCAGAGAUGAAGUCGACUCCAACAUGACCCGUCGUCUGACUCAGCGCUACAAUAUAUCGAAUGACCAAGCAUAUGACAUGCUGAAGCAAAACCACCAGAAUAAGAUUCGAAGCACACUUGGAAAUGUCAGCCUCGAGCACGCUAUGCCAGCCCUACGACUACAGUGGCCGUACUACAAGACAGAACUGGGCAAAACCGAGGCCAGAUCUUUCCAUCGACCUGCUCUGGUUUUUCGCACCGGUCAAACCUCCUGGUUCAAAAACCCUCUACACCUCAAACGCAAGCAACAAAAGGGCAAGGACCCCAAGGCUCUAUACGCUACAACAAAUCAACUGUCUUUGGCCGACAACUCGAAUGUUCUCCUUGUAGAAUACUCUGAGGAAGCUCCUAUGUCACUUUCCAACUUUGGCAUGUGCAAUCGUUUCAUUAAUUAUUAUCGAAGGAAGAAUCCGGAUGAUCCUACUCGACCAAGAGCCGAGAUUGGAGAAACGGCUGUCUUGCUACCCCAAGAUAAGAGUCCGUUCUCAAUUUUCGGCCACGUGGACCCUGGUGAUAUUGUUCCUGCAAUUUCAAAUUCGAUGUAUAGAGCGCCGCUUUUCCCGCACCAGGCUAAGUCCACAGACUUUCUGGUUGUUCGAAGCACCACCCAGUCCAAAGGUAGCACCUACUAUUUGCGCAACAUUGAGAACUUCUUCAUUGCUGGACAGCAAUUUCCUUCUGUCGAUAUCCCCGGCCCGCACUCUCGCAAGGUCACGACCGUUGCGAAAAACCGUAUGAAGAUGCUCGUGUACCGGUUGCUCAAGAAGAGUGCCGACGAGCGACUGGCUAUCAGUGAUGUGACGGCUCACAUCCCCGGCACAACAGAUAUGCAAAAUCGACAGAAGGUCAAGGAUUUCCUUCAGCACGACAAGGAUACCAAGUACUGGAAGCCUUUGGAUCCGAACCUCCCAGAUCAAGAUACAAUUCGAGCAUGGGUUCAACCCGAGGAUGUCUGUCUUCUCGAGUCAAUGCAGGUUGGACAACAGCACCUCAACGACACUGGCUUCGGCGGCGAGGCUGAGAACGCAAAUGAAAAUGAUGACGACGAAGAGAGUGAAAGCUUUGAGCAGCAAAUGGCUCCAUGGAAAGCCAGUCGAAACUUUUUGUUGGCUUCCCAGGGCAAGGCCAUGCUCAAACUUCACGGAGAAGGUGACCCCACCGGACGUGGAGAGGGAUUCAGUUUCAUAAAGACAUCCAUGAAGGGUGGUUUCAAGGCGAUCGGAGAGAGUGUGGAAGACAAGCUGGAUGCACAGAGACUUAAGGAGCUUGGUGGCCACAGUUAUAACGUUGCACGACAACAAAGAUCCUAUGAAACAUCGAUUCGUCGCAUCUGGGAUGCCCAGAAAGCCAGUCUUUCCUCCACCGUGGAGCACUCGGACCAAGAGAGCGAUGUCGACCAGGGCGAAGAAGAAGAGUUCAACAAGCCAACCCCCCGCUCAGAAGCACCGACUCCCGCUCCAAUCCGGCGCGAUGACGAGACUACCAGUCAGUUCAGUCGGAUGAGUUUCAACAGUCAGAAGGGCAAAGUACUGCGCAUCACUCGUCAGUUCAAGGAGGCCAACGGCGAGAUCGUGCAGAAGGAGCAGUUGGUCUGGGAUCCACGAGUCAUUCGUCACUACAUCCAGCAUCGCCACCGCACAGAGGCCUUGACUACCAAACUGGAUUCACUCCAGCCUACCGGUGACCCCGAGGUCGACGCCCGCAACCGCAAACUUAUUGAAGCCGAACUGAGCCGUUUGAAUCGCAAUAAGGAGCGCCGCUUUGCUCGUGAGAAGCAAAAGGGUAUAUCCCGCGCGGGUGAUUCCCCCGCAGAUGGCAAACCGACUGGUACUCAGCGCAAGUGUGCCAACUGUGGCCAGGUUGGACACAUCAAGACAAACAAGAAGCUUUGUCCUCUGCUCAACGGUACCAUGAAACCCGAAGACAGGGUUACUGACUCUGCCUUUUCAAUGAGUGCGCCCGUACUUUGA